GAGGAGCGGUGGGCAAGUAAUCGAUUGGACGGCUGUUCUCUGGAGCUCAGGAGCGGGAGGAGAAGGAGAGUCGGGUAUUGCAGACGCACCAGAGGCGCGAGGUGAAGAGCCAUUCCUUCAAAAGCUCGUGUCAGAGUCUGCAGGUCAGAAUUUGUGGUCAGAGAAAAGUGAAGACUUCGGAGGGCAGUAUAAAAAAAGACAGUCAUCAGUCCCGCCCGAUGCAUCUCUGACGAUUAACAACAAACGUUUCAAGUGCGAGCCUAAUAGCAUGGCUUUGGCACCGAUUAUUCUCGCAGUCACAGUUGUGGCUUUAAUAUUCUACUGGAAGCAAAUCUACACGCUGAUCCGAGAGCGAAUGCGACUAAUAAAGCACAUGGAUCAAAUUCCGGGGCCAUAUUCAAUUCCCAUUCUAGGUACUACGUGGCUCUUCAAAUGGGAUAUUGCAGGACUAGCCAUGCAGCUAAGAGAGUGGGGGAAUUUCUACGCCAAUCAAGGGCAUGGCUUAGUACGAUUGUGGAUGGCGACAAGACCGAUGGUGAUCUGCAUCAGGCCAGAGACGGCCAAGCUUAUCCUUGAGAGUUCGGACACGAUAACAAAAGGAGAGGAAUACGGGAUUCUAACACCAUGGCUCGGCACCGGUCUGCUGAUCUCAACUGGAGAAAAAUGGCGCACGCGGCGAAAGCUUCUCACUCCUGCAUUCCACUUCAAGGUUCUAAAUGAUUUCCAAGUCAUUCAUGAUAGGCAAGCGAAGAUUUUCGUUGGUCAAUUAGAAAAGAUGGUUUCCAGCGAGAAAGAGUUCGAUAUCUUCCCUUUCGUCAAGCGGUGCGCUCUCGAUAUCAUCUUGCGGUAUGCGUCAUCUUACGGUUUUGAAUACGACCGCCACUUGAAAAUUGUUACGGAUUUCACGAGAAAGGUGAUUAAUGAAAGAAUAGCCGAGCGCGGUGUGCGAAAGUCGCAAAAUGGAGAGAAGAAGGCCUUCUUGGAUUUGUUGCUCGACGUGCAAGCAGAAGGCAAUCUCUCCUACGAGGAUAUCCGCGAAGAGGUUGACACUUUUAUGUUUGAAGGUCACGACACUACUGCGUCCAGUAUGGGCUGGACGUUAUGGUGUUUGUCCUGUAAUCCACAGCUCCAGAAGAGGCUUCACGAGGAGAUGGAUGAGAUUUUCGAAGGAGUCAUGAUACCGAAGGGCUGCUCAAUCAUGAUCACACCCGCCAUGAUUCAUGCAAACGCACAGGUCUACAAAGAUCCGCUUAUCUUCGAUCCUGAGAGAUUCUCUGAAGAGAAUAUUCAGAAGAGGCAUCCGUACGCCUACAUUCCCUUUAGUGCUGGUCCUAGAAACUGUAUAGGUGAGGAUUUUAUAGGCGUUUCUACUAA